CAAUAAUACAGUAAUAAUAAUAAUAAUUGAUAUGAUUUUUGUUGACAUUGUUUUCAAAAUACCGAUUGAUUGUAAUCACCGAUUGAUUUAGUGAUUGAUUGAUCACAUCAUCGGUUAAGACAUCAUUUGGAUGUGAUAUUCAAUGUGAACGACAACAACAACAACAUCAGUGUGAAGAUGACAACAACAACAACAACGAUGAAGACAUUAUCAAUCAAAUUGACCGAUAUUUGGACCGAUUGUCAGAAACAGUUGAUUGAUAUGAGACGCGAAAACAAUUCGCUGAAGACGUGUCUGAAAUCGUCGGAACUGAUCCGUAGAUAUCUGGAAAAAUGUAACGAAACUUUGGUGGCCAUCAUCGAGUUGUGCCAAUUGGAUGCCGAUAGUAAUGUCAAGAUUGUUCAGUUGAUUGGAUCAGUUAAACAAUUGGAAAAUUGUAUUCAACGUGAAAAACAAAACUCGCGGACACUUAUGGCCAACGAUAGCAACCAAUGGCGCGAUAUCGACAACAAUGAAGACAACGACAGGACACUUGUGAAGUUGAUCACUGACUGGAGUCAUAACAUUAGUCAAGCAAAGACACAGCUAGUGGUCACAUAUGAUAAGUCCAGUCAAACAACAACAACAACAUUACCGAUAAUUAUUGGUCAGAAAACUAGCGAUCAGACUGUGCGGACACAAAAAGUUUUGACACCAACUCUUAGUCAAAAUUCUCUGAUUACUACAGAUAUCGGUGAUAUUGAUGUCAAUAUGAAACUUGAAGUUACAAAUCAUAGCGAGACAACUACUGUCGAUGAUAUGUGUGUUGACUUACCGCCGAUGACGGUUGAUAUGAGUGAUGACGACGGCGAUGACUAUGACGGCGGCGGCAAUGAUGACAAUAGCAUAGAAAGUGAUGAUUCAAUCAGAGAUCGUGACUUUGAUGCCGACGACGACGUCGUCAAAAAACUUACGUUUAGUGAUAGUGACGACAACUACGACGACAAUAGUGACUAUGAGUGGUCGUCGAAGAAUAAGAAACGAAAAACUAAUAAGAAAUCAACGACAACGACGACGAAGAAGAAGAGAAAGAGGAAGAGAAAGGGUUCGUUUGGUCGUCCAUCGGAAAAGUGGUUCAGACGAUUGGAAAAAAUUAACGAAUGGGUAAUGCCGUUGAAAGUCGACGACCAUUACGUGUGCGACCAAAUCGGUUGCGAUUUUACCGCCAGUCAAAAGCGUAAAAUGUAUAGCCAUUUGUUGGUACAUAAGACUGACGACAGUGUUGUAAAUGAUAAUCCGUUUGACGAACAGCGACAACAAGAACAGCAACGUAUCAGACAAUUGGUAGCCGAAUAUCGAGUGGACAACCAGUAUGUCUGUCGGGAAACCGACUGUCAGUAUAGUUCGCAAAGGAUCCGAGAUUUUUAUCGUCAUUAUAAACGACAUCAAUUAGGCGAUGGUUUAGCUAAUUAUACUAUCAGUGAUGAACAUAUCGAUCGGAUUUUGAAACACUUCAUUGUCGAAGACAACAACAACGACGACAAAUAUGUUUGUGUUCGCGAAAACUGUCAGUUUAGUUGUCCAUUGGGUGAACGGGAUGUCUUCUAUGCCCAUCACAAACAACACGACAGUCAUGCGAUGACCAUCACUGAUGAAUCAGUUAUCGUUAAUCCAGAUAACCCCGACCGGCCGUUUGGUUGCGACGAAUGUAGUUCGGCGUUCAAAAUCAAAUACGACUACAAACGACACAAACGAGAAGUACAUCCCAAAGCUCUGUAUGUCUGCAAUGUUGGCGAUUGUCGUUCAAAACUGAAGAAUUUCAAAAGCUUUGUCUAUCAUAGAGAAAGUAUUCACUUGAAACUGAAUAAAACGAAACCAAUGUCGUCGUUGUCGUCUUCGUUGUCUUCAUCACCAAAGAAAAAGAAGAGACAUAGACUUCGAGUUUCUAAUAAUACUGUCGAAAUGAUUGCCAAAAAUCAUAUGAAUAGAGUUUGCAGUCUUUUCCUAAUUGACGAUAAAUAUGUUUGUCUUCGUGAGCACUGUCUGUUUAGUUGUUCGCUUGAACAGCAGGAUGUCUUCUACGAUCAUUUCAAACAACAUCAACUAACUGCUGAUCCAAUUAUGACCACUGAUGGUUCAAUCAAACACUAUGGCUGUUAUUUGUGUGGAAAAGUUUUCGAUAAACGCGAACGAUGUCUGAAACAUCAGAUCAAUACACAUCCGAAAGUACCGUUUGUUUGCCGUACGGAUAACUGCGGCGUACGGAUCAAGUCGUGGAUGCACUUCGAAAAGCACAGGGAUUGUUGUCAUCGGAAAAUGCAAAACUAUUCGUGCGAUUGGCCCGGUUGUGAGUAUCGGGCAUUUUCUGGGCAGGCAAUCAAAAAUCACAAAUUGGUUCACUCGGAAGUGAAAGCGUUGUCGUGCGAGUGGCCCGGCUGUCAGUUUCGAUGCAAAGUCAAGUACGUAAUGGUGACCCAUAUGCGUACGCAUACACGGGAGAAGCCGUACGCCUGCGAUUGGCCGGGCUGUACGUUUAGCUGUACCCAACAGUGCGCACUGACUGUACAUAAGCGCCGACAUACGGGCGAAAAGCCGUACGAGUGUCGCGAUAACGGAUGCGGCAAACGAUUCACGUCGUUGGCCGGACUGCACAUUCAUCGCAAAUCACAUGCUAACGGUCGGAUGGCUGUUAGAGGUCGACCGAAAUUAAGAUAACCAGAC